GGUUCACCAUCUCCCAGACCUCUUCAAUUCCCCCAUUCUCAGCCCUCUUUACCAUCGCGAUUAAUUUUGAGUUCUUUGACGCAAGCCUCUUCGACGCAAGAUAGAAGGAUAAAGAAUGAGCGAGGAACGUAGCCCGACGCCCUCAAAUCGGUGCGAAAUGGAGCAAAGUUCAAAUCUACAAACGAUACUUUAUGGAACGAAUAGGUCAUUUUCCACUGCUACGAAGGAUGGCAUAUGGAAUAUUUGGGGAUGCCAUUAUUUUUAACACCACAUACCGGACAAAUAAGUAUGAGAUGCCUUUAGCUCCUUUCGCUGGAGUGAAUAAUCACAAAGGGAACAUUUUAUUUGGUUGUGCGCUGAUUAUGGAUGAGCACGAAGAUACAUUUGAGUGGUUGUCUCAUACAUGGCUAGAAGCAAUGGAUGGUAAGACGCCCAUUUCCAUCAUCACUAAUCAUGAUAAGUCCAUUACUAAUGCGGUUAGAGCCGUAUUUCCUAAAGCACGCCAUAGAUUUUGUAUAUGACACAUCCUAAAAAAAUUUCCUGAGAAACUUCCUCCCGCUUUAAAGGUUAACAAGGUAUUCAAGAGGGAGAUUAGUGACAUAAUUAGGGGAUCCUUAUCAACAAAUCACUUUGAGAAUCAAUGGUUGGAACUCAUGAUGAGGUAUGACCUUCAAGACAUGUUCAUGCGGGUACUUUGCUUGGAAUGGUCUGUUAUGUCGUCACAUUUUGAAGGUGUUUAAUUCCAACAACAUUAUUCGUAUUCCGAAAGCAUAUAUAUUGCACAAGUGGUAUGAAAAAAUUGUAUCCUUUUUUUGUUUCUUUCGUACACUUCAAAACUGGUGGAACACAUCCUGGACCAAUACCUUUGUCCGUUGCAACUGGCUGCUACUGCUUGCUAUUUCUGUUGUAUAGUGCUGCUCUCAAUUGGAGGGAAUAAGGCUACAUAAUACUG